CGAGGGGGGGCGUUUGAGGGGGGAUGGUAUGGAUGGGGAGGGUUGGAGGAGUGGUGUUGAUGAGGAGGAGGCUGAUGCGAGAAGCCGGGGGCUUUUACGGAGGGGUUGUUGGAGAGGCAUGGAUUUCUUUUGUUCAGGGGUGAAGAUGAAUUCCGAGAGUUUGAGACGGCCGGCGAAGGUCGGGGCGGGAAGGUUGUCGGUUGCUUCUUCUUGGGGUGAUGAUGUUUCGGACAUUUUCUAUGGUGAGUAUGGAGUAAAAGGUGCGCUUCGGAGGCGAGAUAUCAGUCACUGAGUUUGAGGGAGGAAGGCACAAUCGGUCUCUUGGCGUGAAAUUUCGGAGAUUGAUCGAGUUGAGUGAGUUUGGAUGAGAUGAUCAGAGUCUCCUGUAGAUGGUUUGAUGAGCAUGGAGGUUAGGUAAAGGAGAGCUCUGAAUGGCCACCACCCCGAGGCAGCAACGCCACCUAUUCAACCAUGGCCUUGUCUACUCAUCUGCCAGAUGAUCUACAUGCCCUCACAACACACUGCAGACACAAACAUGACAUGCCGUUCUCUUCUCAGUUUUCGCUGCCGUGGCACUUGUCACAGAGUCGUCUGAAGCCAUUCUCGUGUUCAACAUCGUGUUGAGUGUUUGACUGCGGAUCCGGACCAAAAAAGAAGCCGGGAGAAGCUGUCGCCCAGCAAGGACGAGAACGGGAAGCAUGCCGCGAAAUAAUCAGCCAAUCACAUAUCGCCCUGCCACCACAAGCCCCUGGAUUUGGGGCGGUGUAUCGAUUGUUCGCGGCGGGGUGCUGUGGCGUCACACUGUCUCGGAGCUGACAGCGGGGCAGGAGCUACCCAACAGCUGAGGAAGAGCGCGGCGGGGUCCUGUCGUUGCUGGCGGGUUGCCAGGAGGUCGAAGCCCCUUUCGGACUUGUUUUCUUGCUUCGCCCUCUUGGAAUAAAAAGCACCCCCUUCCCUCAUAGGCUUCUUUCUUACUUUGGACACUUUUAAACUACUGCAGCCGCUUACCAACUCUAUUCUUACUUCUCCACCGUUAACUAAGCUCAACUGCACAGACCUUUGACCACAGCAAUGUCGGCCCAAGAACCAACACCGGAGCAGGUCUCGCAGCUCAAGGCAAAGUACGAGCUCGCUGCCCAGGAUCAGGUCUUUACCUUUUGGGAUUCGCUCUCGAGCACCGAAAAGGCCUCGCUUUUCCAGCAAUUGUCCCUUUUCGACCCUACCUACAUCAACACCAUCUUCGCCAAGACCCUUGCACCCCUAGCAAAGGAUGAGAAGCCAGCGUCUCUGGAGCCCCUCCCCGAGGCUGCCCGGGCCAGCAUUCUCGACUCAGACCCGGCCGAUAUCGAAAGAUGGUACCGAUCCGGUCUCGAUCUGAUCGCCGCAAACAAGGUGGCCGUGGUUCUCAUGGCUGGUGGGCAAGGCACACGGUUGGGCAGCUCUGCGCCCAAGGGCUGCUUCGACAUUGGCCUGCCCUCCCACAAGUCUCUGUUCCAGAUCCAAGCCGAGCGUAUUCGCAAGAUUGAGGAGCUUGCCCAGAAGAAGUCUGGCAGCGAGGUCACGGUCCCGUGGUACGUCAUGACCUCCGGGCCAACCCGGGGUCCUACCGAGCAGUUCUUCAAGGAAAAGGGGUACUUUGGCCUCAGCCCUGAAAACGUCUUCAUUUUCGAGCAGGGAGUUCUCCCCUGCAUCUCCAACGAUGGAAAGAUUCUGUUGGAAAGUAAGAGCAAGGUUGCUGUUGCCCCUGAUGGGAACGGCGGUAUCUAUAAUGCAUUGGUGGAAUCCAAGGUGCUGGACGACAUGAAGAAGCGCGGCAUUGAGCACAUUCACGCUUACUGCGUGGAUAACUGCCUUGUCAAGGUGGCCGACCCUGUCUUCAUUGGCUUUUCGGCGAGUAAGAACGUCGACAUUGCCACCAAGGUCGUGCGCAAGCGCAAUGCCACUGAAAGCGUCGGGUUGAUUGUACAGAAGAAUGGCAAGCCGGACGUGGUUGAGUACAGCGAGAUUGAUCCCCAAAUCGCCGCCGAGGAGGACCCAGAGCAACCCGGUGUGCUCAAGUUCCGUGCCGCCAACAUUGUCAACCACUACUACUCGUUCCGCUUCCUCGAGAGCAUUCCCGAGUGGGCCAAGAGCCUGCCACACCACGUUGCCCGCAAGAAGAUUCCCUAUGCGGACAUCGAGUCGGGCGAGCAAGUCAAGCCCACCAAGCCAAACGGUAUCAAGCUGGAGCAGUUUGUCUUUGAUGUGUUCCCCAUGCUCGAGCUUAGCAAGUUUGCUUGCUUGGAGGUGCGCCGCGAGGACGAGUUCAGCCCGCUCAAGAAUGCCGCGGGCACCGGUGAGGAUGACCCGGAUACUAGCAGGGCUGAUAUUACUGCCCAAGGCAGAAGGUGGCUUGAGGCUGCUGGUGCCAAGGUUGCGGGUGGUGUUGAGGUUAGCCCAUUGUUGAGUUAUGGUGGUGAGGGUCUUGAAAAGUACAGCGGCCAGGAGGUCAAGGAUAUGCUGCAAUAG